GUAAUCCAUCAAGCAAAUUCAGUUUCGCGCCAUCCAUCGGAUCGUUCAGUCGUGUGUGCUCUCUAUUUUUUCGCUCAGUCACAGUCUGGUGAUCAUCGUUUCUCAGACCUCUGCUGACCAUCUGUUUGGUCAUCGUGCAUAGCUUAGUCAGUUCAUUCAGUGCCCAAGUAGACGGAAGUAAAAUACGUGCAAAAUGGCUGUUAGCCGACUGUCGAUCGUGAAAUUUUUGGAACUGGCCCUCACCAUCAGUUGCGUGGUGCUACACUACAAAAGUUUGGGCGAAACCGAUGACCUCACGAAACUGCUGGUGGCCGGUACCUUCGUUGGGUAUUCCAUCAUAUUGAUUGGUCUAUUUGCUGGCUAUCUGCUGGGCAAUCCGAUCGACAAGAAGAUCGACCUGCUUUUCAGCCUGCUCGGUUGCGCCAUGUUCAUUGCUUCCGGUGUGCUGAUCCUUCAAGAAUGGGAGAACAGUUUUAAAACCGACCGCCGAAGACUAGCUAUUAGCAAGGGCUCGUUAGCCAUCAUCAACGGGGUGCUGUUCUUCUUUGAUGCAGUGUUCACUUUCAGAGAUUAAAUCGCUGCUGCGGCGAACAGCGACUUCCCAACAUGCCAAAAAACUUUUUAACUCACCCACAAACUCACUUAUUUGUAUACAAACAAAGGCGAACUUAUUUGGGAAAUUGAAGAAAAAAAAACGCCGAAGCGUAAAAUUGGAAAUCUCAUAUGAUUUAUAUAUCUAUUCUACUCGACAACGAUAAGAUGCUAGAUUGAUAAGAUAAAUAUUUAUGUUCGCACAGUUGAACAAAUAUGUUGUUAUCCAUCUAAAAAGUUAAGGCUUUUUAAAAAUCGAAGCUGUAAGCGGAUUAAGUGUGAAAUCUAUGUCAUAGCUUUUAAAAUACGCACUAAUACAAAACAAACACAGUAAAGCAGUAACGGGUUGUGCUUCAUCCAGUGAAACACAGGUGGCAGCAGUCGGUGUAUUUUAUUUGCCGUAAGCUUUUUUCCGUCGUUUUCGUACUCACAACCCGCCAAUACAAAGAACAUACAUGUGAAAAAAAAACUUUGUCAUUCAAUACGAUUCAAGUACAAUUGAAUUUUAUUUUUUGAGAGAAAUUUUAUGAACAAAACUAUAUACAAAUUCUAUUUAAGUCAAA